CAGGCCGAGGGGGGAGAGGCAUUCAAGGGCUGAUUUCCAUUUCAAACUGCAUUCUGGCACUUUGUACUCCAGCACCAUUGGUGGAUCAAUAUUUAAUGCCUGGAGAUUCUGCCUCUGCAGGAGUCAUGUCAGGGGACCUCUAGAGCCAAUCUGCUUGGGUAGAGGAGUGAUAAUUAUUCAUGGGCUCCUGCCUCUCACUCCUUCUCUUGCACAGCCCCACUCUGCUGACUCAGUGCCUUACUCAGUCUUCUCUUCCUCUCUCUGCCGCUGUAGCUGGACCCCUUUGCCUUCACAGCCUCUGAGAGCCUGCGCGUCCCACCAUGGCCAAAACAGCGAUGGCUUACAAGGAAAAGAUGAAGGAGCUGUCCAUGCUCUCUCUGAUCUGCUCCUGUUUUUACCCGGAACCUCGCAACAUGAACAUCUAUAAAUAUGAUGACAUGGAAGUGAAACAAAUCAACAAACGUGCCUCUGGCCAGGCCUUUGAACUGAUCCUAAAGCCUCCAUCUCCGGUCUCCGAAGCACCACGAACUUUAGCUUCUCCAAAGAAGAAAGAACUCUCUCUUGAGGAGAUCCAGAAAAAGCUGGAGGCUGCAGAGGAGAGGAGAAAGUCCCAGGAGGCCCAGGUGCUGAAACAUCUGGCAGAGAAGAGAGAACAUGAGCGGGAAGUGCUUCAAAAAGCUUUGGAGGAGAACAAUAACUUCAGCAAAAUGGCAGAGGAAAAGCUGAUACUGAAAAUGGAACAGAUCAAAGAAAACCGUGAAGCUAACUUAGCUGCUCUUAUUGAACGUCUCCAAGAGAAGGAGAGGCAUGCUGCAGAGGUCCGUAGAAACAAGGAGCUCCAGGUGGAACUGUCUGGCUGAAAACAGCAAUGGUGGAUGUGACCCAUCCCCACCAUUAGUAAACUCCCCCUGCCUAUAUUAUUAUGGAUCAUGCGAUAUCAGUAUGGGAAGUGUAUGACAUGGUUUAAAAAAAAAAAAAUCAAGAACUCAAUAAAAAACUUUAAAAAAGAAACAAAAAUAAAAACAAAACCAAUGCGGUCUCUUUGCAGAAUGAUUUGCUUGAUGUUUAAAAAACUUGGAUCUUAUUUUGUAAAUACUUACAUUUUUGUUAAAAAAUACAAGUAUUGCAUUAUGCAAGUUAUUUCAUAAUCUUACAUGUCCUGUAACAGGCUUCUGAUGUUGUCUAUUUCCACUCGGUUGAAUCUGCUGGGUCUGUUCAUCUGAAGCACCUCACGUCUAAUUCCAUUUCCUGCGACUUUCAUUCCAAUCCACCACGAGGUCAGUAGUAGUUCUAUGGUGCUAGAGACCAGUCAUUGCCUAAUAAUCUAGAUUGCUUUGCCAUCAAUAAGCUUUGUUGAAACAGUGACUUGAUCACAGGUAUCGUGACUUCACAUUCAGCUGUCCAAGACAAAAGGCUCUUAAAAUGUAGUUUCUUCAAAUGCAACUUGCACUGUGGGACUCUGUAGUCUACUGAAUAAUUGAGGUUAAAUCUCCACGUGCAGUACUUGUUGUUUCUGCUUCUUGGGGUGAGAGGCAACAAAUACAGCUGUGCGACAGAAUGAAAGCAAGUGGGAUCAGUUUGAGGCAAAUUUAAGAGGCACAUUGUAACCAUCAAGCUAUGACAAAUUCUGGAUGAUGCCAAACAGCCAUACAAAUGCUAAUUGUAAAGUGAGCUUAAUUCACCACUUGAAAAUUUAUUGAUGGAGCAACUAAUAAACAGCAUCAAGUGGCUUUAUCUGUAGGUGCCAUAAUCUAUGAUACUUAUCUGAUGCUACCACAUUACAUCUGUAAUAAAUAGUACAAGAGGCUAAAGAAUAUUCACCCGGAGCCCAUGAGCAAGUUGUUACCUUUUUUUUUUUGACACUGCUGACUUCCAUUCAUCAUGACCUUAACUCUUCAGUGUUAGCCAACCCUACCUAGUGACAGACAUCUAGGACUAAGAGGGCUGAAGCAGGAGGAAUGACUAGACAGGGUGCUUGUGCCAAGUACAGUAUCACCAAACCUAACACAUCACUCCCAAAAUAGCUGCAGUUUUGAAGUUGUCCCUACCCCCCUGGAGGUUGCUGCCUGCAUAUUCUACUCUUCAUUAGUGCUAUUUUCCUGUAUGUCAUUGUGAGCAAGCUGUGAUUAAUAAAGAAUUGGGGUUCUGUGAACUGAAAAA